AUGGAGCGCGUGCACCGGCUGCUGUACGCCUACGGGAACGCCAGCGCCGCCGGCAUCAUCCACAAGCGCCGCCGCUGGGACUUCGCGGGCAGCUUCCACUUCGUCGGCACCAUCGUCUCCACCAUUGGCUAUGGGAAUACGACGCCGCAGACGACAGCGGGCAAGGCGGUAGUGAUCCUGUACGGAUUCCUGGGCUGCUCGGGUGGCAUCCUCUUCUUCAACCUGUUCCUGGAGCGCAUCAUCACGCUGCUCGCCUGCGGGCUGCGCGCGCUCCACCUGCGGCGUCUGCGCAGGCGCCUAAACGAUGUCAAAAUUAGCGCAAGGAGGGCUAUACGGCUUUCGCGUGCCUCACUGCCAAGUCAGGACUACAUCGAUGACGAUAUCGACGACUCUAUCCUCGACAACUGGAAGCCGUCUGUUUACUGGGUGAUGCUGUACCUGGCGGCGGCGUCGGUGUGCGUGGCGUCGUGCGCGGCUGCCGUCUACUCGCCUGUCGAGGACUGGUCCUUCUUCGAGGCGCUCUACUUCUGCUUCGUCUCCUUUGCCACCAUCGGCUUCGGGGACUACGUCACCACGCAGGAGCCGGACUACCCGCACGUGCACUGGUACCGGUUCGGCAACUUCGUGUUCCUGGUGCUGGGCUGCUGCUGCAUCUACUCGCUCUUCAACGUCACCUCCAUCGUCAUCAAGCAGUUCCUCAACUGGCUCAUCGUCAAGCUCGCCUGCCGCGGCGUGUGCGGCACGGCUGGGGGGCCGCGCAGGCCGUCCCGGCGGCGGCGCUCGUCCUCGGUGCGGGGGCGGCGUCGGUCUUCGGCGGGCCUCCCGCAGAACCUGCGCCGGCCGCCGCCACUGGCAGGUGUGCUGAGCCGGGGGGCGGCGCCAGUGCCCGUCUGCAGCGCCCCCGCCGCCUCCAGCGCCUCCGACGCCGACUCUGACACGGAGGCGGGAACCAGCGGCGCGGGGCCACGCAGGCUCUCUGGGGAGCUCAUCUCCAUGAAGGAGUUCCUGCGUGCCAACAAGGUGUCGCUGGCCGUGAUGCAGAAGCAGCUUUACGAGACGGCGCAGAUGUCGCGCGCUGGCUGCGGCACCGGCGGCUCCACCUCCAGCACCAGCGGCGGCGCCUCCUCCUCCGGUCGGUUCGUGCCCGGCACCGUGGGGCCGCUGGCCAUGCUCAGCCAGAAGUUGGACACCAGUGGCAGGUAGUCCACACUUAACGGAGGCUCCAGGUCGAGCCUCGCCUCGUCAACAAGGCGGCACGCCGCUUUUCUCUUUCGGCGUCAAGCUGGGCACAGUUGACUGGUAGACCUGUCCACAGGGAAUGUCUAGAUCAAGCAUCACCAACUGGUCACGACAUUCAGACGUCGU